UAAAAGUAGCUAUAGGUACCAUGGUCUGAGAUAAUUUUGAUGAGAAACGCAAAUUGAUUUAGGUAUUUAGUAAGGCACAUACCAAAAGGAGCACAAUAUUCAAUGACUGAUUAAGAGAAUGGAUAAAGUGGGAUUAUAACUUAUUUGGUCCUUGAAGAGAUAUCAGAAAAGAUAAAUUCUGCAAGGCAGAAGGAUUAUCUCUCUGCUACAUACAUAUGGUGGUCAAAGGAAAGCCUGCUGAUCAACAACUGCAACAAGUCGACAAAAACUGCAUCAGAUGUAAAUGGAACACCUACAUCUACAUGGGAAUACAGUGAGUAACUUGAUUAUGAUUAUACCUCCACUCUAUGGUGCUGUUCAGACUGUAAAGGAAGGCCUUGAACUUCGUUACGUUGCUGCAUAUUUAGGUUUAACAGCAGUGGGAAUUGGUUCCUGGUGGUUCCAUAUGACAUUGCAGUAUGAGAUGCAGCUUUUAGAUGAACUGCCAAUGAUCUACAGCUGCUGUGUUUUCGUUUAUUGUUUGUAUGAAUGUUUCAAGCACAAGAACUCGGUCAAUUAUGUGCUGUUUUGCAUAUUGAUUCUAUUCAGUUUGGUAGUUACUACAGUUUACUUGAAAUGGAAAGAACCAGUAUUUCAUCAGGUUAUGUAUGGAGCACUUGUUACAUGCCUGGUUCUUCGAUCAGUAUAUGUUGUUACAUGGGUGUACCCAUGGCUGAGAUCUCUUGCGUAUACAUCACUAACAGUAUUUUUGAUAGGAUUUGCACUAUGGAAUAUAGACAACAUCUUCUGUGACACAUGGAGGGGCUUACGAAAUAGUAUGCCUCCUGUUCUAGGAGCUGUGACACAGUUUCAUGCUUGGUGGCAUAUACUUACAGGCCUUGGCUCCUACCUACAUAUCCUUUUCAGUUUGUAUACAAGGACUCUUUUUCUGAAAUAUAGACCAAGAGUAAAGUUUCUCUGUGGUAUUUGGCCUGUGAUUCUUGUGGAAUCUCCCAAGAAGAAGUAGUAAGGAACAACAUAUCAAUGAGUCUGUGAAAAGGAACAAAACAUCACUGCCCCACAACAGAGACCAGUGAAGACAUUCCAAUUCUUUUGCAUUGGAAAUUACAGCAGUUUGGAAAAUGUAUUGCAGGCCUCACUGCAUCAAAGAUACAGUUGGAAUUUCUCAUCAUGAUGCAUUUUACUAAUAACUGCCAAGCAGUCACAUUAACACAAAUUACUGAAGUGUGGGAUGGUGCCAGUCUUUUUCUUGUGGUGUUGGCUACAAAUUACCAGAUAGUUUUUGUAUGUGGGACAUCUGUGUGUCUAUUCUGAAUGAGGAUUUAAAGGGUCUGUUUUUAAGUGGGGAAUUAGUUGUGCUGGUCACAGAAAGUUAGCAGCUUCUGAAGCAGUAUGUUAUGUAUGUGUAUAUUUUGACAGGAAUAUUCUGUCUUGUCUGGUUUAUGAAUAGGCCUGCAACCAUUAGUAGCACAAUCACCAAAUAUAAUUUAGUGUGUCCAUUAACCAGUAUUUGUAUCAUGUUUGCAUAGGAUAUUAUACAAAGCUUUUUCUUACAUUUAAGUAGUAUAUUUUAACUGAGUAAAACUAUUAGAUUUAAUUCAGUAUGCUGACAAAAUUGUGCAGUCACACUGACAAUAUAUGUAUAAAACAGUAAAGAUUCCUGUGGCAUUCUCUGCAGCUUCACUCAGUGAAUUCCAGGCUGGAAAAUAAGACUGUAGUUUUGAACUAGCAUUGCUAGUGUUUCAAGAAAUGACUGUGUAAACUUUUUCUGGAAUACCUGGCUUAGAUAUCAUAUUCAUUCACUUUCAUUUGCCCUGUUUUACCUCGUUAGUAGUCAUGGGAAUACAUUGCCUUAUCCCAGCAAGCAGUGGACUGAAGAUGGAGUACUACUAAUCAGGAUGCCAGUCCAUUUUUGGUCACAACACGUCUCACAGACCUAUGGGCAGUUUAGAAGAUUGCAAUUCACGUAUCAACACGUAUUUGGUAUGGUAAAGGACAUUGGAGGCCCCAAUAAACCAUAUAGGCACAUUGAGGACAUCCACAGUUGGCAGAAAUGACACCCCAGCUGGAAAUUCAACUAGAGUGCUAAGCACUGUAAGGGUAGCAAUGCUAACUGCUGUACCACCGUGCCACUCAACUCAUUAUUUAGCUCUAUAAAAUAACUACACCUGGACAAACUGUAACAGAAAAACUGUAUCGUUACAUUUUGAGUGUUUUUCCAUCAUUUUCAUCUCACUUAAUUUGCUGCCAACACUAGCUGGCUAGUCUUUUUAUUUCAAAUUCUUGCAAGACUAAUGUAGGUGAUAAAUUUCAUGUUAUGCUGCUUAAACCUGCCUUAAUUCACAAAGGUGUAAGGAAACCCCUCUGUGGGUUUAAAAUGAGAAUGAGAUGAGAUGGUGGUCACUGUUGAUGUGACACUCACACCAUGUGCAAAACUGAAAAAGGUGGUGAUGGAUGAAUAAGAAUCUCUUCUGCAAGUUCUUGUGAUAAGAACUUUUAUUGUGAGGUUUAAUAAAGAGCCCCUUUAUAAUUAGGAA